AUGGGCUUCCGCAAGAACAAAGAGCAAGCCAGCACCGCGCCACCCGCCCCCGACCCCGUCGUCUCUGACGGCUCGUCCAGCAAGGGAGGCUUCCUCUCCAUCUUCAAGAGCAAGCCGUCCGCCCCCGAGCCGGGCGUAGACGAGCUCGUAGCGAUGGGCUUCACAAGGCGGCAAGUGAGGGAGGUGCUCGACAGCAACCACGGCGACGUCGACGCCGCGCGCCUGCAUCUCGUCCACUCGCGCUACCACCGCGUCGACAUGGACCGCAACUGCCCCCACUGCCGCCGCCUGGCCGAGGUGCGCAUGCAGCAGGACCCGAGCUUCAAACCUUUCGGCGGCACGAUCCUUGCCAUGGAGGGGAUCACCGACUCGCUGAACUAUGUCGAGGCCUCGAUGGGGGGCUCGGGAGGGUCAGCGGGAGGAGCCGGGGCCGCGUUCCCCUAUCGUCCCGGCGGGGGUUGGCACUGA